GUUAGUACUACAUAUGUAGGUAACUUCCCUGUUUCCGUAACUGGUGACUAAUAUUUAUACAUGAAAUUGCAUGGCGUAUGAAUUACAAUGAAAUGGUCCCAUGUGCUUAAUUAAAUUAAACAUCGCGGAUCCCACGGAGCCGGGUGAGCAGGGCUAUCAUACGAUAACGAUACCCCGAUAACGCCACUGUCAGGCUGUCAGCACUCAGAUCGCGUCCACCGAAGGCAAAAAAGCUACUUUAGUAGGACUCUAGUCUCUAGUAUUGAUUAGUAGGAAAGUUUAAAGGUUCAAGGUUAUUUCUUCCCAGGUUUCUUUCUAGGUUCUUUCGAAGCUAACAAACUGAUUGGACCCCUUUUUUUAUAAAAAUUCGAUAAAUCUCUAGUUAAUGCAUUAUUAAAUCCGCCGUCUCCUGGAUUGAUUACAUAUCUCCUUUUCUCUCCGAACUAGUUUCCAUAGGUUCUUUUAUUCUCACUUCACUUCCGUUCCGUCCCUUCCCUUUUAUUUUUUCCCUGCAGGAAGUUGUUUGGCUCCUAGGAAUACUUUUCUUAAGCCGCCUCUCUCUCCGCUCUUUGCCCAACACUUCCCCCCCACACUCCUUUACCUGAUCUGAGAUCCUCCGCGACAAUGCCCGGCCUAACUCUGCCGACCCUUACUAAAGCCGAAGUCGAGUCUCAUAACACGGCCGACGAUUGCUAUGUUACCAUCGGUACCAAUGUCUACGAUGUAUCCGACUUCGUCGAGUCCCAUCCCGGUGGUGCCGAUUUGGUCCUCGAAUAUGCCGGAAAGGACGUGACAGAUAUCCUAAAGAAUGAAGACUCGCAUAAGCACUCCGAUUCGGCGUAUGAGAUCUUGGAGGAAUCACAUGUCGCAUUUCUAGUGACAGGGAAGCUCGCACCGAAUGGAAAGGCACAGAAAAAGAAUGCGGAUCCUCAAAUCAACGAUGAAGUCACUCGUACUAUUCAUCCUCGGACCGGUAUGUCCUGCGAAGAGGAUCUAAGCAAGGAAACGGACUUCAACACAGACUACAAGCAGCAUAAGUUCCUUGACUUGAGCAAGCCUCUGUUAAUGCAGGUGUGGUAUGGCGGCUUUACCAAAAGGUUCUAUCUCGACCAGGUUCAUCGGCCGAGACACUACAAAGGAGGUGCUUCCGCGCCAUUGUUCGGAAACUUCCUUGAGCCGCUCAGCCUAACACCCUGGUGGUUGGUCCCUAUCAUCUGGUUACCUGCAGUUGCAUACGGUACCUACCUCGCUUCGCAAGGGAUCGAAACCAGAUUAGGACUGGCAACUUGCUGGGGAUUCGGUUUAGUACUAUGGACUCUCAUAGAGUACAUAUUGCACCGAUGUCUUUUCCACCUUGACGACUACCUACCAGACAACAGAGUAGGAAUCACACUCCAUUUCCUUCUCCAUGGCGUCCACCACUACCUGCCAAUGGACAAGUACCGUUUAGUGAUGCCUCCGACCCUCUUCCUGGUGCUUGCAACACCCUUCUGGAAGUUGGCACAUGCGAUAUUCUACUGGGAUUGGUAUAUUGCAACCGCUGUUUACUGUGGUGGUAUUUUCGGAUACGUAUGCUACGACUUGACACACUAUUUCCUCCACCACCAGAACCUACCUCUCUGGUACAAAGACCUGAAGAAAUACCACCUUGCCCACCACUUCCUCGACUACGAGCUAGGCUUCGGCGUGACUAGCCGUUUCUGGGACCAAGUGUUCGGUACGGAACUGGUGACAGUGGUCAAGACGGCCUAGAUACCAGAUACCUUACCUUAAUUAUUGCCGCAACCUUCAGCGGGAGAAGCUCAUUCUUACUCGGGGCAUGUCGUUAUGUAUUCUUGAAUGAAUGGGCAUGACGCAACAACUGGGAUGAGGAAUGAGAGAUUCUAGGAGUAGAGGUUCGGCAGAUUUUACUGGCGUUCGAUGAUUAUAUGACAAAGGGGAUCAUGGAAAUACUUAACCUAGCUUAAUUCACACUCGACUCGUAAUAUAUAUCCAAUCGUUCGUGUUAAA